GUUCGCACCCGCAGUGUCUCUGCGUGAUGACGUAUUUAUCCUCGCUAACGUUUGCGUGAUGACGUAGAACCAGGAAGUAAACAAAAGUCCAAACAAGCUUCGCUUUUGUGCCACAACAUGUCUGUUUCUAACCCGAGACAAAGCUUUUCUAACCCGGCGAUUCCUUUCGCUGGGACCAUCCUGGGAGGACUGCUGCCCGGCGAGAUGGUUCUCAUUCAGGGCUCCGUGCCGCCUGGGGCCCACAGGUUCCAGGUGGACUUCCUGUGUGGCAGCAGCGUGAAGCCGAGGGCCGACGUGGCCUUUCACUUCAACCCGAGGUUCAGAAGGUCUCCGAGCAUCGUCUGCAACUCUCUGCAGGACGAGCGCUGGGGCCCGGAGGAGCUCCUCCACACGGGGGCCCUGAGGCCCGGGGAGACCUUCGAGCUCGUGGUCCUCGUCCUCAAGGACGCCUUCAAGGUGGCAGUAAACGGGGCCCACCUGUUGGUGUUCAGUCACCGAGUCGAUCUGCAGCGAGUCGACACUUUGUCCGUUUCUGGAGACGUCGAUGUUCAAGCUGUUGGAAUCCUCCCGGUUCAGAGUGAAGUUUCACCUGUGACCAGUCCGACCAAUCAGGAGGCAGCAGAGAGUAACCAGAGACCUCAUCAGACGCUGAUGAGCUCUUCUGGUGAUUCGGGCGUCCCCUUCAGGGCGGAGCUUGUGAGCGGACUGAGUGUCGGACGCAGCGUCUCCGUCUCAGGGAGGACCAAUGAGAACGCUCGGAGCUUUGCGAUAAACCUGCGGGUCGCCGGCGGCGACAUCGCUCUCCACCUGAACGCUCGCCUGAAGGAGCGCGUCUUCGUCCGGAACUCCUUCCUGUCCGAGUGCUGGGGCCCCGAGGAAAGAAAGAUGGCCGCCGCAUUCCCCUUCAGCGCAGGGGCGUACUUUGAGGUGAUCGUCCUCUGUGACUCUCGGGGGUUCAAAGUCGCCGUGGACGGCAUCCACCAGCUGGACUACCAGCACCGGGUCCAGGACCUGAGCCGGGUCUCACAGCUGGAGGUCCUGGGAGACGUCACGCUGCUGGACCUGAAGGUCUUCUGACCUGUGACCUCUGAGUCACCGAACAUUCCACAAAUCAGAUAAAGCCACCAGGACAAGUUCAGCUUUAUGAAGGAGUUUGAUCUAAACGAUUGUUAUUUUCAAAUUGAACUAAUAAAUAAUUCUUUA